AUGAGCCAGUGUAGUCACUGACAUCACUGGUUCAGACAACAUCACGUUCUGUGGCACUCGAGCAAGUUUAGACAUUCUUAAUGUAUGUUACCCGAGAGUCGCGUCAGAUGCAGUGGUGGGUAGCAGUGUUGGUGGGUGCUGCAGUGUUACAGGCAGUGUUAGCUAGCAGAGUGCUCUUCUUGGCACCCAUCGCUUCUCAAAGCCACAAAAACUUUUUCAUGGGCAUUGUCAAUGCUUUGGCUGAUGAUGAAAACCAGGUUACAAUGGUGUCUUCAUUUAAGCCAUCUAAGGUGAGGGAAAAUGUGCGUGAGGUGGUCCUGACAGGCGUGGAUCUUUCCGAUUAUUUUCCGAAUUUCUUUACUGGGCAUCGAAUGACUGCCCCUAUCAUUCUCAUGGGUUUUACGCCCAGUGUUUGUGCUGAUGCUCUGGGCAAGGAAGAAGUUCAGAAUUUACUGAAAGAAGAUUUUGAUUUGGUUCUCCUCAGCGUGUUUAUGUCCGACUGUUUCUUGUCAGUAGUUCAUCAACUGAAGGUUCCUUUCAUAUAUGUGAGUCCGUCUGGGUUGAUAGGGCCACUUGCGUCGAAUGGUAACACACGUUUUCCUUCCUAUGAUGCCUCUCCUAUGUUAGAGUACAGGUAUCCUAUGACCUUCAUGGAGCGAGCAAUCAGCACUUUGUCUGAUGUGGCCAUGGAUGUGGUCUUCUCUUACUACGUGGCCUACAGAAUGGAGCCUGAAUGUCGUCGCCGAGGUCUUUGUUCAGAUGAUAUGCCAAGUCUUUUAGAAAUUCGCAAAAAUGUUAGUCUUUUAUUGAUAAACAGUGUACAAACCGUUGAUUACCCAGCUCGUCCCAUUGUUCCUGCCGUGGUGAGUUGUGGAGGCAUCCAUCUCCGUCCAGCACAGCCUCUCCCACAAGACCUUGAAGACUGGGUGCAAGGUGCUGGUGAUGCUGGCUUCAUCUUCUUCAGUCUUGGCUCGUCUGUACCACCUUCCACCAUGCCAGAGGAGUACCGCACUGUCCUGGUUCAAGUGUUUGCUUCCCUCAAGCAGAGAGUCUUGUGGAAGUGGGAUAAGGACACUAUGGAUGACCUGCCCCCAAAUGUCCGUCUUGGCAAGUGGCUCCCACAACAAGAUAUUCUUGGUGACCCUCGCUUGCGUUUGUUCAUCACACACGGUGGGUUGUUGAGCACCCUGGAGUCCAUGUACCACGGUGUAUCAGUGCUGGGGAUCCCUCUGUUUGCUGACCAGCAAGCCAACAUAAUCAAGGUGCAGAGGGAUGGCUGGGGCAAAGUGCUCUUCUGGGACCAACUUACCUUUGAUAAUCUCAAGAAUACGAUCAAUAUCGUCAUGAAUGACACAAGCAUGAAAACUGAGGUAGCAAGAUGGUCCAAAGUUAUGAUAGAUCGUCCACAAGAGCCAGCAGAGGUGGCCCUCUACUGGAUCAAGUAUGUUAUACGACACCAGGGAGCAUACCAUCUCCGGUGUCCUGCUGCCACCAUGACAUGGUACCAGCUGUAUAAUGUGGACGUAUGGGCAGCAGUGAUAGUUCUUUUGGUCAUUCUCAGUUAUAUUUCAUUACGGCUUGUAAUUUCCUUAUGUUUCUGGCUCUGUUUCUCCAGGACCAAAACCAAAACUGAUUAAAAAUUUAUCUCAA